AUGGAAGGACUAUAUCUCCAGUACAAUAACUUAAUGGGCCCUAUUCCUGCAACAAUCUUCAAUAUCUCAACAUUACAAAUUAUUGCAUUUACGCAAAAUCAGUUUUCAAGUAAACUUCCAUCAAGUAUAGGUGUUUCGCUACCCAACCUUGAACGACUUCAUCUUGGAGAAAAUGAACUCAGUGGAAUUGUUCCCGAUUCUAUCUCGAAUGCUUCUAAACUCAUUAUAUUAGUUCUUUCCAAUAACAGGUUUAAUGGUUCAAUUCCAAGCUCACUCGGCAACUUAAGACUCCUAGACUAUCUCUACCUAUCAGGAAACAACUUCACUUGUGAAUAUUCUUCCUCUUUUGAAUUGAACUUCCUCACUUUCUUGUCAAGUUGCAGACAAUUAACAAAAUUGGUGAUCAGUAGCAAUCCUCUAAACGGCAUCCUUCCAGCUUCUAUUGGGAAUCUCUCCGAUUCUCUGGGCAAUAUUGAUGCUAGUUAUUGUGGAAUCAGAGGCAGCAUUCCCAGUGAAAUUGCUAACUUAAGCAAUUUAGCUUUCUUAAAUAUAGAUGGCAAUGAGUUGACAGGAUUCAUUCCAAUCACAAUCAAAAAUUUAAGCAAGCUUCAAAUACUCUCUCUUUAUGACAACCGAAUACAAGGAUUCAUACCGGUUAAUCUAUGCUAUUUAAAAAACCUGGGUGCUUUGUACUUGGGAAAAAAUAACUUUUCUGGACUGAUACCGGCAUGCCUAGGGAAUAUUACUUCCCUAAGAUAUCUAGAUCUAGAUUCAAACAAAUUAAUUUCUAGCAUACCCACAAAUUUGUGGAGCCUCAAGGAUCUCUUGGAACUGAAUUUAUCCUCGAAUUAUUUAAGUGGAUAUUUACCACUAGAACUUGGCAAUUUAAAGGUUGCAAUUAGCAUUGAUCUAUCAAUGAACCAAUUAUCAGGACAAAUCCCAAGCACCAUUGGAGGUCUACAAGGUGUGAUUAAUCUUUCUGUGGCACAUAACAGAUUACAGGGGCCAAUUCCUCAGUCAAUUGGUAGUUUGAUAGACUUGGAAUUUUGUGAUCUAUCUCAUAACAAUCUAUCUGGUGUAAUUCCCAAGUCGUUAGAGGAACUUUUACAGCUAAUGUACUUCAAUGUAUCUUUCAAUAGAUUAACAGGAGAAAUUCCAAGUAGAGGGUCUUUCGCAAACUUCACAUAUCAAUCUUUCAUGUCAAAUGAAGCAUUGUGUGGUGCUCCUCGGUUGCAAGUCCCACCAUGCCAUACCAGCUCUCCUCAUCAAUCGAGAACAAAACAAAUAUUGCUAGUUGUAUACAUUUUGUUGCCGAUUGCAUCCAUGUUGCUUGCCAUGAUCUUUGUAUUUGCGUCUAUAAGACGCCACCGAAGAAGAAACAAAAUUCCAAUUCAAACUAAUUUGUUACUCGCAAGAAUAAGCCAUGGAAGAAUUACAUACCAUGAACUUUCAAGAGCGACCGAUAUGUUUAGUGAAAGCAACUUGCUUGGCACAGGGAGUUUCAGUUCAGUUUAUAAAGGAAUGCUUCCUGGUAGGAAAAUUUUUGCUACGAAGGUGUUCAAAUUGGAACUAGAUGGUGCGUUCAAAAGUUUUGAAACAGAAUGUGAAAUAUUGCGCAACAUACGUCAUCGAAAUCUCACCAAAGUCAUUAGCAGUUGCUCAACCCUUGAUUUUAAAGCCCUCGUGCUUGAGUACAUGCCUAAUGGCACUCUAGAAAAAUGGUUGUAUUCUCACAACUAUUUCUUAGAUAUACUGCAGAGGUUGGACAUAAUGAUAGAUGUGGCUUGUGCCUUGGAGUAUCUUCACCAUGGUUAUUCAGUGUCUGUGGCUCAUUGUGAUUUGAAACCAAGCAAUGUGUUACUAGAUGAUGAUAUGGUUGCACAUGUGAGUGAUUUCGGCAUUGCAAAGUUGUUAGGUGUGGGGGAGAGCAUUGCACAAACAAGGACAAUAGCAACAUUUGGAUGUAUUGCACCAGGUGAUGCUUCUAUCUUACAAUUCCUUUUCAUGUCUAUGCAUUCAUUAUUUUUAAUUCCUUUGUUUGUUUUGACAAAAAUAUAA